AUGGAGCACGCAGAUCCCUUUCUCCAAGUCCAAGCGGACGUCCUGUCAACACUACAAUCCAGCCGUCCCCUCUUCUCCUCAUAUCUCCGCAUCCGCUCCUUAACCAAGAAUCCGUCAAACCCCGAGCUCAAACAAGCGCGAUCAGAGCUCGAAAGCACAAUAUCAGAGCUCAGCGCCGACCUAGACGAUCUCGUCGAGAGUGUCCGCGCCAUCGAACAAGACCCGUACCGCUUCGGUCUGGAGCUGGAAGAGGUGCAACGCCGACGCAAACUAGUCGAUGAUGUCGGUGCUGAGGUCGAGAAGAUGCGCGAGGAGCUACAAGCGGCUGUUUCCCAUGCGCCGGAGCCAGACCUGCCUAACCCUACAGAGUUCGAUGCUGCACUUGAUGAGGAGGAGCGUGGUGGAGAUGAUUACUAUGCUUCUAUGGAACAGCAGCGGCAGUCGGAGUUGAUGCAUGAGCAGGACGAGCAGCUGGAUGGUGUCUUUCGCACUGUUGGGAACUUGAGGCAGCAGGCUAAUGAUAUGGGUCGCGAGUUGGAGGAUCAGGCGGUUAUGAUUGAUGAGGUUGAUACGUUGGCAGACCGCGUGGGCGGUAAAUUGACCAACGGCAUGACACGCAUUCGACAUAUUGUGCGCAAGAAUGAGGAUACAUGGUCUUCCUUUUGCAUAGCGGCGCUAAUCUUUGCGCUCGUCCUAUUAUUAAUACUCGUUAUCGUCCUGUGA